CCCCCUCCGCGCGCUCCCUGGCGCCAGGCUCCGCCUCUUCCGGUUGCGUCACUUCCCGCGGAGAGGGCGGGACCGGAAGUGACGCGCGGCGCUGGCGGCGGAGGGGAGGCCCUGGAGCCAUGGGCGAGCUGAGCGAGCUGGACCGGCAGAUCGAGCAGCUGCGGCGCUGUGAGCUCAUCAAGGAGAGCGAGGUCAAGGCCCUCUGUGCCAAGGCCAGGGAGAUCCUGGUGGAGGAGAGCAAUGUGCAGAGAGUGGACUCCCCUGUGACGGUGUGUGGGGACAUCCAUGGGCAGUUCUAUGACCUGAAGGAGCUCUUCAGGGUGGGGGGGGAUGUGCCCGAGACCAACUACCUGUUCAUGGGGGACUUCGUGGACAGAGGCUUCUACAGCGUGGAGACCUUCCUGCUGCUGCUGGCACUCAAGGUGCGGUACCCGGACCGGAUCACCCUGAUCCGGGGCAACCACGAGAGCCGCCAGAUCACGCAGGUCUACGGCUUCUACGACGAGUGCCUGCGCAAGUACGGCUCCGUCACCGUCUGGCGCUACUGCACCGAGAUCUUCGACUACCUCAGCCUCUCCGCCAUCAUCGACGGCAAGAUCUUCUGCGUGCAUGGAGGCCUCUCCCCCUCCAUCCAGACCCUGGACCAGAUCCGAACCAUCGACCGCAAGCAGGAGGUGCCUCACGAUGGGCCCAUGUGUGACCUGCUCUGGUCCGACCCCGAGGGUAGG